AUGCUUGGGCUCGGUGCAUAUCAAAGCAGUAGCGAAGACGAAGGAGAAAACGAACUCCCUUUAACGGCGCCUAAGCAUGAGACCAAGGAACAACCUGUUCAAGAAUCACAAGUGACAAAUGUUAAUGCAUCAAAAAAAAUGGAAAUGACCCCAGAAAUAACUACAAAUGCGGAGCCAGUCGGACCGGUUUUUGGACCUUCGCAACCUCAGGGACCACAUAUAGCAAGCGGGAGCUCUUCUGAAGGGCCAUCUUCUCCCUUUUCAACAUCUCUCGCAUUAAUACACGACUUAACACUGCCUCCUGUCCCAAAUCUAGACAUACCGCCAUCUCCGCCAGGUUCCCCUGAUCCUAAGGCAAAUGUGAAGUUCGCGCAUUUCUUAUCAUUGAAAAAACAGGGGACACAUUUUAAUGAGAAGCUUGCCGGCUCCUCUUCACUCAAGAAUCCGAGCUUGCUCAAAAAGAUGAUGAGCCAUGCGGGAAUAAAUGAUGAAGCGCAAUACUCUACUUCACUACCUCCCGACCUUUGGGAUAUGUCCAAUUUACCGAAGUGGGGUUACAAGGAGGAACUUUUACAAACACAGCAAGAAAUCCGUCGAAAAAUGGAAGAGAAACGGCUUCCUGGUCAAAGAGAUUCUAUUGAAUUCGUGUCAGGAGCAUCUGGAGGCACCGGCCGUAUGGAUUUUCCAAGAUCAAAAACUAAGGCAAAUGUUGCCAGUAGGCCUGGUCAACUUUAG